AAAGACUCUCUCUCCCUCUCACUCACAUAUUUUCUUUCUCUCUCUUCUAUGUGUGUCUUUAUCUUUCUAGCUUGGUGAUAGUAGCAGUAGCUCCUGGGGGUGGUGGUGGUGGUGGUGUUGUGUUUUGUUGUGAUCUAUUAAAGUUAGAUAUUUAUGCUACAUUUUGAUGUUUAUGCUUAGUACCCAAUUGGUGAAAUUGGUCUAGCUAGCAUUUGAUGCUCCCGUCAGAGACACCCCAGUAAAGGGAACUCUGCUAAAUUCUGUCUCUUUCAGUCAUCGCAGGAUUUGAGUAGAAUUUGAUGCCCUUGGUCGUGCCUUGUUCUUGGAUUCUCAUCCCAGAAUUUAAUUGCAAGAGUUUCAACAACCCCUCCUGUCCUAUCUUUUAAAUCAAAGAAAAAAAAAAGAAAAGAUAGAUACUUUGUUUUUGUUCACUCGUGUUGGAGCUUCUUAAUUAGAAGGGUGUUUCCACUUUCAACCAAGCAAGAAAACACCACCACCAACAACACAGAACUCGUCUAGUGACAGUGCUAAUCUUGCUUAACACCGAUGUUUUUUUAUGGAAUGAGGGGUUUUAGAUGUUGUUGUGAGGACAGAGGAGAAAAGGGAAUCUGCUUUACUUGUAGUUUGAUGAGCUGUUAGCUAAUCUCACUGUCUAUGUCCGCUUUAUGCUCUGAAGACUGAAAGGUUCACUUUCUUGUCUGAGAGGAAGCAUUUUUUCCCCCUUUUACUGAGCAUUGAAGCAGUAGAUUUGAUCUUGGUUUAGGGUUUUUGAAGGAACAGGGACUGUCGAGUUUGUUCAGAUGGGGGGUCAGGAAAAUGCCAUGGGGUUUCAACACGGAAAUGAGAACAUUCUGACUUGUCCAUCUUCAGGUCUCAGUGUUGCCAAUGUUAAUGUUUCAGAAAUGGCUAUUAGUUCCGUGUCUAUGGCCAAGCCUUCUGAUGUUGCUAACCCUUUUCUUGCUUCUUCCGCUUGGGAUCCACUUGUUUCCUUGAGUCAGGCUCAAACUUUUGGAGGCUCCUCAAUGAUUUCUCAUACCGACUUUGCCAAUGCCAACUCUUCUUACCCUCUUGUUCUGGAAAACCAAGGAAUUACCAACACUUCCCACCUUGUUCAAUACAUGUCUGACUCAAAUCUAGGGGGCAUGGUCCCCAAGGUUCACUCCUAUGCAAGCAGGGGCUUCUCAGAAAUGGUUGGUGCUGCCUCUUUUGUCCAGCAUGGGUCUGCUGAUGUGGCUAACUCAGGGUACCCACCACAUUAUAAUCCGAUCAAGGACACUCAGAUUAAUGGUGAACAAUCUCAGGUUGAGGAUUCAAUUCCUGAAGAGGAAGCACCAGGAUCUGGUCCUAGUGGGAAUAGAAGAAAGAGAGGGCUUGAUCAUAAUUCUACCUUCAGCCCAAAUAAGAAUGCUGAGAGUGAAACUGUGAAAGAUUCUCCGGGGAGGGCCUGUGAUGGUCCAAAAGAACAUGAAAAGAAGCCAAAAGUUGAGCAGAACAACAGUGCAGAUUUGCGUGGCAAGCAAUCAGCGAAGCAAGCUAAGGACAACAGUUCUCAAAGUGGAGAAGCUCCUAAAGAAAACUUCAUUCACGUGAGAGCUAGAAGAGGACAAGCCACAAACAGCCACAGUCUUGCAGAAAGAGUGAGAAGAGAAAAGAUUAGUGAGCGAAUGAGGCUGCUUCAAGAACUUGUUCCUGGUUGCAACAAGAUAACUGGCAAAGCCGUAAUGCUGGAUGAGAUAAUAAACUACGUGCAAUCACUUCAGCAACAGGUUGAGUUUUUGUCCAUGAAACUUGCCACAGUGAACCCAGAACUAAACUUUGAUGUAGACAGGAUUCUAUCCAAGGAUAUUCUUCAAUCACGCAUAGGACAUGGAAUUAGUGCAUAUGGUCCUGGUAUCAAUUCCUCUCACACAUUCCCCACUGGAAAUUUCCAUGGAACAUUGGCUGGCAUGCCUAGUACAUCAUCACAAUUCCCUCCUUUGCCCCAGAAUGUUUUGGACCAUGAGUUCCAAAGCUUCUAUGGAAUUGGAUACGAUUCUAAUACAGCACUUGACAACUUGGGACCCAAUGGGCGGUUGAAAACAGAGUUAUAGUGUGUGGAUUCUUAUAUAGCCAUGUUACUACUACAUCAACAACAACAAAGACUUUGGAAUUUUCUUGUUGACUGCACAAUUUAACUGAAGGUUGAAAAUGGGGGAACAAUAGAGAGAAAGAAAAUAAAGGGUUUAGCUGUAUAGGGUCCUUAAUACCUAACUGUUGGCUCUUCGAAGUUUUAGCAGAAGAUGACUUGUUAGAUUUAUGAAUUGGAAAAUGAGUUGCACAUUAUAAUGUGUGAAAUCUAGAUGAUGUAGAACAAGUUGCAAUCAACGGUCUUGUUUAAUGGCAUGGAGAGCAGUGUUUUGAGGAGCAUGCUAGUAAAGUGUGUGCAACUAUCAUUACUUUUGUUGAAUUACUAUUAUUAUUAUUAUUAUUAUUAUGUAUAGAGUUGCCAGGUUCAGAUUUUUGAAGCACAUUGUUUUCAAGUUUCAACAGUGUUGCAAGGGUUUAUGGUGUUCUUAUGUUUUUCUUUUCAAAAGAAAAUGUAACUAAUGAGAGAAGCUUCUUAGUGCAUGCAUCUAUUUGCAAGGGUGAAAAUGUUGCAACUUGUAUGAUGGUGGUGAGAGAUUGUUUAUGUAGAUCAGUGCUUCAAAUAUUGGUGUUUCUUUUUUUUCAUUUUAUGAUGUUCUUUAUAUAACUUGAUGUGUUCUUCACU